UUCGCUUUUCAUUUCUCUUUACAUCAAAAACAUAACAUCCAUGGGGAAACAAGGUUCUGUUUUACACAAUAAUCCCUCUUUACUUUUCCUGCUGUUAUUGCUUUUUGAAGCCACAAACGUUGGUGGAGACGCCCGGUUGAACCACUGGGAAUCUGGAAUCCGACUGCCUUCAGAUGAGCCGCAAGGUGUUGAUGAUCAGGAACUCGGAACAAGAUGGGCUGUUCUCGUGGCUGGUUCAGCUGGCUUUGGUAAUUACAGGCAUCAGGCAGAUGUAUGCCACGCCUAUCAGCUGUUAAGGAAAGGAGGAUUGAAGGAACAGAACAUCAUCGUGUUUAUGAACGAUGACAUAGCCAUGAAUGACCUGAAUCCAAGGCCAGGAAUCAUCAUCAACCAUCCCCAAGGCGAUGAUGUUUAUGCUGGUGUUCCUAAGGAUUACACUGGUGAGCAUGUUACCGCUGCAAAUUUGUAUGCAGUACUUCUUGGUAACAGAAGUGCAUUGAGUGGUGGAAGUGGAAAGGUUGUUGAUAGCAAUCCCAAUGACAGAAUCUUCAUAUACUACUCGGAUCAUGGAGGCCCCGGGGUUCUAGGGAUGCCAAAUAUGCCAUUUCUGUAUGCCAUGGAUUUUCUUGAUGUCUUGAAGAAGAAACAUGCAGCUGGAAGCUACAGAGAGACGGUUAUAUAUGUAGAAGCUUGUGAGAGUGGAAGUAUCUUCGAAGGCAUAAUGCCGAAUGAUCUUAACAUUUAUGUAACAACGGCGUCGAAUGCGCAAGAGAGUAGUUGGGGAACUUAUUGUCCUGGGAUGGAUCCUCCUCCACCUCCGGAGUUCAUCACUUGUUUAGGAGAUUUGUAUAGUGUAGCCUGGAUGGAGGACAGUGAAACUCACAAUCUAAAGAGGGAAACCGUAGAGCAACAAUAUGAAACAGUAAGGGAACGGACUUCCAAUUUCAACGCCGAUGCGAUCGGUGGAUCCCAUGUGAUGGAAUACGGGAAUACAAGCAUUAAAGCUGAGAAACUUUAUUUGUAUCAAGGCUUUGAUCCUGCUACCGUGAAUUUGUCUCCUAAUGAAUUAAACCACAACACAUGCAUGGAAGCUAUUAACCAGAGAGAUGCAGAUGUUCUCUUUUUAUGGUAUAUGGUCGUCUCGUUUGUUAUACAGUACAAAAAUUCAGAAGACGGAUCAAAGAAGAAAGAAAUAAUGACACAGAUUACUGAGACCAUGAGGCAUAGAAUCCACUUGGAUGGCAGCAUCGACUUGAUUGGAACACUCCUUUAUGGGCCAGCAAAAGGCUCUGCCAUCCUCAACGCCAUCAGGGAACCCGGUUUGCCGCUCGUUGAUGUCUGGCAGUGCUUGAAACACAUGGUCCGGUUGUUCGAGAUACACUGCGGAUCACUGACUCAAUAUGGAAUGAAGCACAUGCGUGCAUUUGCCAACAUUUGCAACAAUGGUGUUUCUCGGUCCUUAAUGGAGGAAGCAUGCUUCGCGGCAUGCGGUGGUCAUGAUCCGAGACCAUGGCAUCCUUCAAACCAUGGGGGUUUUGAGUUUGGUGGUUAUGGGGGAUGCUUUGGUUCGAGAAUUGGAGGAGGACAAGAGAAUAAGGUUGCAUUAUUUGGAGGAGAUUGAGAGAUGUUUAUAUAGAAGAUUUUUCUACGGUGUCAGGUUUUAGGUUUACUGUGGUGUAAGAAAAAA